UUCAGCUAGCUGGAAUCCAUUCAGGGAAGUAAUACUACCCACAAACAAAGGAAAAUCUUCACUCCCACUUUGGAGUGCCGAGACAAGACUCCCACCAAGACCUUCUUCCUGGAAUGGGGAGUUCUGAGCAGGCAUAUAUUAUUGGUGGGCGAUUUUUCUGUUUGUCCAACAUUGUUGGGUGAGAUCGCGUGUUUGUGCUGUGGCACAAGCAUAUUAUAACCCAGCUUGGCUACAGUGGACCAUGGCAAGACCCCAGGGAAUUGUAUGGCUACCAUUCAUCUUCACCCCCAUCCAUGUAAUUCUGAAUGUAGAUCUGCUUUUCUGGAUUGCUGUUCUGGCUGUGAGAUUUACUGCCAUCAACUGCCAACAGUCCCAAUAUUCCAUAGUCACCACAAAUUAUGGGAAAUUACGGGGAUUAAAAAUGCCUUUGCCUAAUGAAAUCCUGGGGCCAGUGGAACAUUACCUGGGAAUCCCGUAUGCCUCCCCCCCAAUUGGGGAACGCAGGUUCCAGCCUCCUGAACCCCCCUCUUCUUGGUCUGGCAUCCGCAAUGCCACUCAGUUCGCUCCUGUCUGUCCACAAUACCUUGAAGACAGAUUUUUGCUGAAUGACAUGUUGCCAGUCUGGUUUACUGCCAAUUUGGAUACAGUGGUGACCUACGUGCAGGACCAAAGUGAAGACUGUCUUUACUUAAACAUCUACGUUCCCACGGAAGAUGGAACCAGCUCAAAGAGUCGAGACGAUGAUAUUACCAGUAAUGAUGAUGACGGAGAUGAAGACAUCCACGAUGAGAAUGGCUUGAAGCCCGUUAUGGUCUACAUUCAUGGAGGAUCCUACAUGGAGGGAACGGGGAACAUGAUCGAUGGCAGCAUUCUGGCUAGCUAUGGCAACGUCAUUGUGGUUACCAUUAACUACCGGCUAGGAGUUUUAGGAUUUCUUAGCACAGGUGACCAGGCUGCAAAAGGAAACUAUGGACUACUUGACCAAAUUCAGGCAUUGAGGUGGAUCAAAGAAAACAUACAAGCCUUUAAAGGGGAUCCUAAAAGGGUCACGAUCUUUGGAUCUGGGGCUGGAGCGUCUUGUGUCAGCUUGUUGACACUUUCUCACUAUUCAGAAGAUCUUUUCCAGAAAGCUAUCAUCCAGAGUGGUACAGCUCUGUCCAGCUGGGCAGUGAACUACCAGCCUGCCAAAUACACCCGGAUGUUGGCAGAGAAGGUUGGCUGCAACAUGCUUGACACCAUUAACUUAGUGGAAUGUCUCCAAAACAAAAACUACAAGGAGCUCACAGAGCAGUCCAUCACUCCUGCAAAGUACCAUAUCGCCUUUGGACCCGUCAUCGACGGGGAUGUAAUACCUGAUGACCCACAGAUAUUGAUGGAACAAGGGGAGUUCCUGAAUUAUGACAUCAUGUUGGGGGUCAACCAAGGAGAGGGAUUUAAAUUUGUGGAUGGAAUCGUGGACAGCGAGGAUGGUGUGUCUGCUAAUGAUUUUGAUUUUGCCAUCUCCGAUUUUGUUGAUCACUUGUAUGGCUACCCAGAGGGGAAGGACACCCUUCGAGAAACUAUCAAAUUCAUGUACACAGAUUGGGCUGAUAAAGAGAACCCAGAAACCAGGAGGAAAACACUGGUUGCACUUUUUACAGACCACCAGUGGGUGGCACCAGCUGUGGCUACUGCAGACCUACACGCUCAGUAUGGUUCACCUACCUACUUCUAUGCCUUUUACCAUCACUGCCAAAGUGACAUGAAGCCCAGCUGGGCCGACUCGGCACAUGGAGAUGAGGUUCCAUAUGUCUUCGGAAUCCCUAUGAUCGGCCCAACUGACCUGUUUAACUGCAAUUUCUCCAAGAAUGAUGUGAUGCUAAGUGCUGUGGUCAUGACCUACUGGACCAACUUUGCCAAAACAGGAGAUCCAAACCAGCCUGUUCCCCAGGACACAAAAUUCAUCCAUACAAAGCCAAACCGAUUUGAGGAAGUGGCCUGGUCGAAGUACAACCCGAAGGACCAGCUCUACCUACAUAUUGGCCUGAAGCCCCGAGUCAGGGAUCACUACCGGGCCACCAAGGUUGCCUUCUGGUUGGAGCUUGUCCCACAUUUGCACAAUAUAAAUGAACUAUUUCCUUAUGUGUCCACAACAACGAAGAUUCCCCCACAAGACACGACCCCCUUCCCAUACACUAAACGGUUUCCUGGAAAGACGUGGCCGUCCACCACUCGUCACCCCGGUGUCCCGCCAGCCAACACUAAGCAAGUGACUGACCAGCGCAAAUCAGGGGAGCUGGACGAAAAUCCCAUCCUCAUUGAGAACAAACGUGACUAUUCUACGGAGCUCAGCGUGACGAUCGCAGUGGGGGCCUCACUUCUCUUCCUCAACAUCUUGGCCUUUGCCGCCCUUUACUACAAGAAAGACAAGCGGCGCCAUGAGUCGAACCGGCGGCCCAGCCCGCAAAGGAAUGCGGCCAACGACAUCGCUCACAUCCAGAAUGAAGAGAUCUUGUCCCUCCAGAUGAAGCAGCUGGAGCAUGACCACGAUUGCGAGUCUCUGCAGGCACAAGACACACUCAGGCUGACCUGCCCCUCUGAUUACACCCUGACACUGAGGCGAUCCCCAGACGACAUCCAGCUCAUUACGUCCAGCACCAUCAACAUGAUACCCAACUCCUUGGCUGGAAUGCAGUCCCUGCACACUUUCAACACUUUUACUGGGCCUCAAAACAGUACUAACCUACCCCACGGGCAUUCUACAACAAGAGUAUAGCUCUGUCCAAGCAACUAUACUCUACAAGGCCCGCAAUGACAAGUAUUGCUUUCCAAAUCAGAAUGAUCACAGAUAGUCAGAUAUUAUUUUACUACCGAGCCUUCUUAAAGAAAUAUAUCAGAGUUUGACUUGACUUGCCUGUGAAACGUGACAAGUGAAUGUCACCUUAAUUCAGACUUUUGCCUCUGGAAGGAUCAAACUAUGAACAAGCAUUCAUUUGAUAACAUCUAUAUAGAAGACAUACAUAUUUCUGUGUGUAGCAAGUGAUAAUGAGUUUAACACAAAGCUUUGUAUGUGCCAUAGACUGAAUGACAAGAACAACCAAGAAUGAUUGUCUUGUAUGUGAUGAGUUUUGAACAUACCAGUAAAAGAAUUUGAAUUUUUAAAUGGACUAUGCAUUUAAAUUGGUUGACAUAAUCAAAGUAAAAAUUUCCCAGCCUGAACUGUAUUUAUGAGACUUUGUAAAAAAAAAAAAUGUACAUAGUUGUGCGUAAACACAAAUACAAAGCAGAAGAAACGACAACAAUACAAAUAAAAUAAUUUUAAUGUGGUUUUGAGUUAAUAUAUGGCUUUUAAACAGCUUGUGCAUUAAGUUGAGAUGUGUGUAAAUAUAUUUGUCUGACUUUUUCAUUUUGAAGAAAAAUUAAAAAGAUAUAUAUGAUGCCAUUAAUUUCCUUGGGAGCAUAUAUCCUACAGGUCAUGGCUGAAUUUUUCCAUUGCCAUAUUUUCCAUUAUUUUAUAUUGCAUGUUUUAGCAUUUAGCUUUAUAACAAUAAAAUGACGUGGAAACGCAGCUGCUGUCUUUGGCUGACGGCAUGGCUGUGUAUGUGAACGGUGACUACACACAAACAUACAAAUACCCACAGGCUUACACAUGUGCCGACACACACACACACUAUGCUUUCUGUUUUUUCACCUUAAGCUCCAUGCUAUAGUUUCAAAGGCCUGUUUUUUUGUUUGUUUGUUUUUUUUUAGCAAUCUAAACACUGCCUAAAUUCACCGCUUAAAAAUUACCAGCAUUGUAUAAUUUAGGAAAAGGCAGUGGGUUUUCGUAUUAACGUAAGCAAUGUUUGUAAAGAAAUGUAGGUUAGAUAUUUCAAAUUGUCAUAUGCUAGCAAUACGUAGUAUUGUGCCAGGCUUGUAUUACAUCGGGUUUAAAAGAAAAUAAAUGAGUUUUAAUUAUAAUAACAGUAAUAGCUGACAAACUAACCCAGAUUCUUUUUUAUUUAUCCAGAAAACUGAGCAAAAUCCACAAAUAAGCAGAAAUAUUAUAAUUAUGACAAAUAUUACAAUACUGUAUUCUUUGUAGACUGUAUACAAAAAAAACUUAAGUAAUUCUUCAGUUUUUAUGGCACAGUCUUUUCAAGUAGGAUAUUAUAUAAUUUUUUUUUCUCAUAAUUAUUUAUGUUUUGCCUUAAGUGAUAGAUAUUUCUGGCUGAACACCUGUAUAAUUUUUUUCUGCAUUUUUAAUAAAAUACAACAAUAUUUUCGAACUUGGUGUUUAUGUACAUAUUUAUAUAAUUUCAUUACAUGACAGUGGGUUUGCACCUGUAUUUAAAGGAGUGAAAUUAUGUGUGAUAACGCCACAUAAUAUGAUUUGUGUUUCUGAUUUCUUACCCUAUUUUAAACUAGCCAUUUUGUUUAUUUAAUGUCAUG